GCAUGCGGCGCCCGCCGUUUACGACGGGCCGGAAAGCAGUGGCCGCAGCCAGCGCCAGCUGAGCCGGGUCGCUAUGGGGAAAAUUGCGCUGCAGCUCAAAGCCACGCUGGAGAAUGUCACCAACCUCCGGCCAGUGGGCGAGGACUUCCGGUGGUACCUGAAGAUGAAAUGUGGCAACUGUGGUGAGACUUCAGAGAAGUGGCAGUACAUUCGGCUGACGGACAACGUGGCACUGAAGGGAGGCCGUGGCAGUGCCUCCAUGGUCCCGAAGUGCAAGCUGUGUUCAAGGGAAAACUCCAUUGAGAUUUUGAGCAGCACCAUCAAACCUUACAAUGCCGAAGACAACGAGAAGUUCAAGACGAUAGUGGAGUUUGAGUGCCGAGGACUUGAACCAGUCGAUUUCCAGCCCCAGGCCGGCUUUGCUGCUGAGGGUCUGGAAUCCGGGACAGUCUUCAGUGACAUUAAUCUGCAGGAAAAGGACUGGACUGACUAUGACGAAAAGGCUCAGGAGUCUGUGGGAAUCUACGAGGUCACCCACCAGUUUGUGAAGUCCUGAACCCUCUUCCUGCACACUUGCCUCUAAGAACUGAAAAGGGACAUUCACGGUUGGGGUGAGAUGAGGAUAUCCUGGAUCACUCUAUGCAUCAUUGUCCCUACACAUUGUCCCCAAGCAGCACAGUGCAGAGGCUGGUCCCCUCACGUCUCGCCUCCUGGCAGCUGCCCAGGCCCUCACAGCCUGCGUGCUGGGCUGUCACAACGUCCCGAGCCCCACCAAUAAAGCCCCUGUUUGUGCUACA